AUGACAUCGUUGCAAUCAGACACCGGCCGCUCGCUUGUUCGCGCAGGGAUCAUCUUGCAGCUCUGCGGUCUCAUCUGGGGAUUCGCAGUCCAAGGAACGCCGUUCCCGAGGCUCGGCCUCACGGCGCACAUCCAAUGCAUGUUGAUAGGGAACAUGCUCAUCGUAUACGGGCUAAUCCUCCAUCAACCGGGCUUGGUCAGCCUCAAGUUUGGGACUCUCCAAGUCAAGAUCAUCCAGUGGGGUAUGCUUGCCGUCUACAUAACGAUGGCGUCUGAGAUGUUGAAUGCAUUUUGGGGAACAAACCAAAUGUUGCCCCAGGCAGCCAAGGCCGCUGGCGCUGUAGGCGGGUUGCCAUGGCAAGAGCAACUUGUGACGUUCGCGCAUAUGUUCCCCUCGUUCACCCUCAUCGCAGCUGUUACCGCUGUCGUUGUGGGAAUGGGUGGUCGGGAGCAGGCCAAGAAGACUGCCUGA